AUGGUUAUAAGAGAUAGUGUAUCAAGAAUUUAUGUUGGAAACCUACCAUCUCAUGUAUCUUCAAGAGAUGUAGAAAAUGAAUUUCGUAAAUAUGGUAAUAUAAUAAAGUGUGAUGUUAAAAAAACAGUAUCAGGAGCUGCAUUUGCAUUUAUAGAAUUUGAAGAUGCAAGAGAUGCAGCUGAUGCAAUAAAAGAAAAAGAUGGUUGUGAAUUUGAAGGAAAUAAAUUACGGGUUGAAGUUCCAUUUAAUGCUAGGGAAAACGGAAGAUAUAAUUCAAGAGGUGGUGGAAGAGGGAUGAUGAAUAGAGGGCCUAAAUCAAGAAGAGGAAGAUAUGUUGUUGAAGUUACAGGAUUACCCACAUCUGGUAGUUGGCAAGAUUUAAAAGAUCAUUUAAGAGAUGCAGGGGAAUGUGGUCAUGCUGAUGUUUUUAAGGAUGGAACUGGUGAAGUAUCAUUCUUUAAUAAAGCUGAUAUGCUUGAAGCCAUAGAUAAAUUCAAUGGAUCUAUAUUUAGAUCACAUGAGGGAGAAAAAUCAAAAAUAACCAUAAGACAGAAAAAAACAUCAUGGCGUCAUGAUGAUGGAGGAUAUGGUAGAUAUAGUAGCAGAAAUAGAAGUUAUUCCAGUAGAAGUUAUUCAAGAAGUGGCAAUAGGUCAUAUACUAGAAGUAGAAGUUAUAGUAGUAGAAGCUAUAGUAGAAGUAGAAGUAGAAGUUCAAGUAGUAGAAGCAGAAGUCGAAGUAUGGAUAGAAGAAGAGAUGCUUAUGAUAAAAAAAGAAGUUAUUCAAGAAGUUUAUCAUACCAAGAAAGAAGAAGGAAUAAUAGAUCAUUGUCAAGAUCUAAAUCGAGAUCAAGAUCUAGAACAGACUCAAGAUCUUCCUCAUGGUCUCAUAAAAGAAGACAUUAG